AUGGCGACGACGACGACAAAUUUCUCCUUCUCUCUUUCUCUUCCUCAAGUCCUCCGCAAUAAACCCACAAACCCUUCUCCGUCGCUCUACCUUCUUCCCCGAUUCAAUUCGAGAUUUCGAACUCUCACUCUCACUGCUUCAGCCGCAACUUCUUCGAACAGCAGUAAUCGAGACGAUGGCUUCUCUCUCGAUGAUUUCACUCUCCAUUCUGAUUCUCGAUCACCGAAUCCUUCUAAGAAAUGUAAACUUUCUGAUCUUAUUCAAGAGAUUGAGCCAUUAGAUGUGAGUUUGAUUCAAAAGGAUGUUCCAAUCACAACAUUGGAUGCUAUGAAGAGAACAAUCUCAGGAAUGUUGGGUCUUCUUCCAUCUGAUAGGUUUCAAGUUCAUAUUGAAUCGCUUUGGGAACCUCUGUCAAAGCUACUGGUUUCUUCUAUGAUGACUGGGUAUACGUUGAGGAAUGCUGAGUACCGUCUUUUCCUUGAAAAGAACCUAGACAUGCAUGGUGAAGACUUGGACAGCCACACUCCAGAGAGUACUGAUUACGAUUUGAAAGGGACAUUUCCUGAUGAUGCAGAACUGGGUGAGAUGUUUGAUGGAGAUAAUGUUUCAUCAACAAAGGAUAGCAAAACUCAGAGUCUUUCUGAAAUGGUUGAUAAAGAAGGUCUGGGCAGAGUAUCCUCUGAAGCUCAAGAAUAUAUCUUUCGUUUGCAGUCACAAUUGUCUUCUGUGAAAAAGGAAUUACAAGAAGUGAGACGAAAAAACGCUGCCCUUCAAAUGCAACAGUUUGUUGGAGAAGAGAAGAACGAUUUGCUUGACUAUUUAAGAUCAUUGCAACCUGAGAAGGUAGCUGAGUUGUCAGAACCCGCGGCUCCCGAGGUGAAAGAGAUGAUUCAUUCAGUUGUUCACGGUCUCUUAGCAACGCUAUCUCCGAAGAUGCACUCUAAGCUGCCAGAAUCAGAAGGUCCACCACCUACUGAAACAGUAAAAGCAAAAAGUGAUGAAGAUUGUGCUGAACUUUUAGAGAACACUUCGCUUCACUUUCAGCCUCUUAUUUCACUGACUCGAGACUACCUUGCUCGUCUUCUCUUCUGGUGCAUGCUGUUGGGACACUAUCUCAGAGGUUUGGAAUAUCGAAUGGAACUAAUGGAGGUUCUGAAUUUGACGUGCGAUGCCGAUGGUUCUGAGAACGUUGCUUGA